AUGGAGGUGUGGCCAGGCCUGUACGCACACCUCACCUCGCAGCUGAUGGGCCUGGUGUGGGGCAAGGUGGUGCUGGGUGGGAGCUGCCUGCCGUGCAGGCCAAGAGUGCCGCCCACACCCUCAGUGCCUUGCUGGGCCACCACUGCCCCCCUGCUGGACCCCCCUGCAGCCAUCACCAAGCACCUUCACCCCGAGCCUCUCCUUCCAAGGCCUGGUGAGUGUCUGGCCCCUACGCCUCCAGACCAGAGACACCAUGCAGCUCCUCACACCACAGACCAGCAGCUCAGGGAGAGGAUUGGUGAAAAACUGCUGCAGCUGAGGAGGGAAGAGGCCGUGGUGCUGAGUGAGUCUCCGAGGCUGUGUCUGGUGUGUGACGAGCAGGUGGAGCAACACGCAGCCUUACGGAAGGGGAACAUCCAGAGCGGCCAGAGCGCAUCCAGCGGGUGUGGGAGAUGCUGGGGCGUGCCGGGGUGCUGGGGCGAGGCCAGCGGCUGCAGCCUCGGUGGCCCAGGGGGAGGAGGUGGAGCUCACACACAGCCAGGAACACGUGGCCUUCAUGUUCAGCCUCCAGGCCCAGGGGGAGGAGGUGGAGCUCACACACAGCCAGGAACACGUGGCCUUCAUGUUCAGCCUCCAGGCCCAGGGGGAGGAGGAGCUGUAGACCAUUCAGGAGAACUACAAGUCUGUCUACCUCCACCCCGCCACCAAUGCCUGUGCCCUGCUCUCGGCUGGCUCACUGCUGCAGGUCGUGGACGAGGUGUUUGCAGGCUGAGCCAGGGCCGGCACGGGCAUCAUCCGUCCCCCGGCCACCACGCCGAUUUGGACCGCCCCCACGGCUUCUGCUUCUACAACAACGUGGUCGUCGCCGCCAACAGGCUGGGAUGCCAAGGGUGCUGGUGGUGGUCUGGGAUGUGCACCCCUGCAGCGGCAUCCAGCAUGUGUUUGUGGCCGACCCGAGGGUGCUGUACGUGUCCCUCCACUGCCACGACCACGGCCUCUUCUUCCCAUCCUCUGAGGACGCAAACUACGACGAGUGGGGACGGGACCUGGCCAAGGCUACAACAUUAACAUUACCUGCAACAAGAGUGGCAUGGGUGACGCAGAGGCUCUCACUCAGGUGGUGCUGCCCGUGGCCUACCAGUUCAACCCACAGCUGGUCCUGGUCACUGCCAGCCUUGAUGUUGGUGCGGGGACCCACUUGGAGGUUGCUGCGAGAGUCCCGAUUGCUUUGGACAUAUGAUGGCCCUUCUGUCUGGCCUGGCCGAGGGUCGCAUGGUUCUGGCACUGGAGGGCGGCUUCAACCUCACCACCAUCAGCUGCUGCAUGACGCUGUGUGCCAAGGCCUUGCUGGGGGAUCCGCUGUCUCCCCCUUGAGCCUCAGCUGGUGCCCAACAAGAGUGCCGUGCAGACCAUCAAUGACGUCAUCCAUACCCACAGCCGCUACUGGCCGGCGCUCUGCUUCAAGAAAGAAGAAGCAGAAGAAGAAGAAAAGGAAGAGGAGGAGAGGGUAUAUGUGUGUGUGUGUGUGUGUGUGUGUGUGUGUGUGUGUGUUAUAUGGACAGAAUUUAAACUGAUUUCUUUCAACAUAUAUUUUAUUAUUAUUAUUGAAAGACAAACUUCUCUUCUUCACUUCCUCCUUCUUCUUCUCUUUCAUCUUCAUCUUUUGUUGGGGUUCUGAUAGGAAGAGAA